AGGGCUGUGCUUGCAUCCAAACCGCCGCAGAGACUCACUUUCGAGGCGCUGGGCACUACAUGGAGCUAUGAACGGCACAAUGCGUGCGCCUUGCGUCAUCAGCACAGUAUUGGCGUCCCGCAAUGGCAGCCUGGCGGGCAGGCCGCUGGCAGUGCGGCCCUGCCGGGUGCAGCAGAUCAGGGGGCUGAAGCCGGUGCAAGCCAUGACGCAACAGACGGACAAGAAGGGCAAGGAGCAGGAGGUGUUCCUGGGCGUGAAGGGCAACGCGCAGCUGCUGGGCAUGAAGGGGGCCGACACAGAGACCAACAUCUGGAAGAUCCGGCUGCAGCUGAUGAAGCCGGUGACCUGGAUCCCGCUCAUCUGGGGCGUGCUGUGCGGCGCCGCCGCCUCGGGCGCCUUCACCUGGACCCCUGAGAAUGUGGCCAAGAGCGUGCUGUGCAUGGUCAUGUCGGGGCCGCUGCUGACGGGGUACACGCAGACCAUCAACGACUGGUAUGAUCGAGAGAUUGACGCCAUCAACGAGCCCUACCGCCCCAUCCCCUCGGGCGCCAUCAGCGAGGGCGAGGUGAAGGCGCAGAUCUGGGCGCUGCUGCUGGGAGGCAUCGGCGUGGCGUUUGUGCUGGACCAGUGGGCGGGCCACGACUUCCCCAUCAUGACCGUGCUGUCGGUGUUUGGCUCCUUCAUCUCCUACAUCUACUCAGCGCCGCCGCUGAAGCUGAAGCAGAGCGGGUGGGCCGGAAACUAUGCGCUCGGCAGCUCCUACAUCGCGCUGCCCUGGUGGGCGGGCCAGGCCCUGUUUGGCACCCUCACACUCGACGUCAUGGUGCUGACAGUGCUCUACUCCAUCGCGGGCCUGGGCAUCGCCAUCGUCAACGACUUCAAGUCGAUCGAGGGCGACCGCGCCAUGGGCCUGCAGUCGCUGCCCGUGGCCUUUGGCGUGGACACAGCCAAGUGGAUCUGUGUGGGCAGCAUUGACGUCACGCAGCUGGCGGUCGCCGCCUACCUGGCCUUUGGGCUGGACGAGCCGGUCUACGGCGCCGUGCUGCUGGCGCUCAUCCUGCCGCAGGCAAGCAGGAUCUACGCCCAGAUCAAGUACUUUCUUCCCGACCCCGUGGCCAACGACGUCAAGUACCAGGCCUCCGCCCAGCCCUUCCUCGUCUUUGGCCUGCUGACCACCGGGCUGGCCAUCGGCGCGCACAACAACGCGGCCGCGGCGGCGGCGCAGGCGGCGGAGCUGGUGGGCGGCGCGGCGGCGUAUGUGGGCGAGGUGGCCACCGCGGCGGCCGCCCUGCUGUGA